AUAUAUAAACACGAAGCCUCAAAACCCUAAUUCUUCCCUUUCGUUUCUCUCCUCUGUUCUUCACUUCACACACAAUCACUCUCCAAUGGCUGCUGCCGCCCGCCCCCUUGUUUCCGUCCAGUCCCUUGAAGGGGAUAUGGCUACCGAUGCGGCGCCUACCGUCCCGCUUCCGGACGUGAUGAAGGCUUCAAUUCGCCCGGACAUUGUUAGCUUUGUCCAUUCCAACAUCUCGAAGAACAGCCGUCAGCCCUACGCCGUCAGCAAGCGCGCCGGCCACCAAACUUCAGCGGAGUCUUGGGGUACUGGACGUGCUGUGUCUCGUAUUCCCCGUGUUCCUGGUGGUGGUACUCACCGUGCUGGUCAGGGUGCUUUCGGAAACAUGUGUCGUGGUGGUCGAAUGUUCGCUCCGACUAAGAUCUGGCGCCGUUGGCACCGUAAGAUCAAUGUGAAUCAGAAGAGGUAUGCUGUUGUGUCGGCUAUUGCAGCCUCGGCUGUUCCAUCAUUGGUUCUUGCUCGCGGUCAUCGAAUCGAGUCUGUUCCUGAAUUGCCCCUUGUUGUGAGCGACUCGGCUGAAGGCGUUGAGAAGACCUCUGCUGCAAUAAAGGUUCUUAAACAGGUUGGGGCGUUUCCCGAUGCUGAGAAGGCCAAAGAUAGCCAUGCGAUCCGUCCUGGUAAGGGUAAGAUGAGGAACCGUCGUUAUAUUUCUCGCAAGGGUCCAUUGAUUGUUUACGGAACUGAGGGUGCUAAGCUUGUUAAGGCCUUCCGUAACAUUCCUGGAGUUGAGAUUGCUAACGUUGAGAGGCUUAAUUUGUUGAAACUUGCUCCCGGUGGACACCUUGGAAGGUUUGUGAUCUGGACCAAGUCUGCUUUUGAGAAGCUUGAUUCUAUCUAUGGAUCUUUUGAGAAGCCUUCAGAGAAGAAAAAGGGUUAUGUCCUUCCGAGAUCUAAGAUGAUGAAUGCUGAUUUGUCAAGGAUUAUUAACUCUGAUGAAGUGCAAUCUGUAGUGAAGCCUAUUAAGAAGAAUGUUAAGAGACCUUCAUUGAAGAAGAACCCAUUGAAGAACUUGAACGCCAUGCUCAAGCUUAACCCAUAUGCUAAGACUGCUAGAAGAAUGGCUCUUUUGGCGGAGGAGCAACGUGUUAAGGCUAAGAAGGAGAAACUCGACAAGAAGAGGAAUUUGACUACAAAGGAGGAGGCUACUGCAAUCAGAGCCGCAGGAAAGGCUUGGUAUCAAACGAUGAUCUCAGACAGCGAUUACACCGAGUUCGAGAACUUCUCGAAAUGGCUUGGUGUCUCUCAGUAAUUUCGUUUUUGUUUAUUUAAAAUCUCAUAGACCUUAUUACUUUUGUUAAUCUAUUUUCUUAAGGAGUUCUUAUUCUUGCUUUGAUUUUUUUUUCUUUUGCGUUUAUGAAGGGAAGUGAUUUGGGAGAACACUGAGUGAAAUAACAUCGAUAAUUUAACUUUGGCCUUUUGCUCUCCCAUUUUUAUCUAGAUUCCUUCUCUUUGUUUAGUUGUUCCUAUUGUCGAAACUGAAAAUUAUAAAGAGGAGUGCAGCUUCAUAUCA